CAAUCUUUCGCGCCAUUUCUGGUUGAAGACGUCCCCUUUAAUUCUUGCCUGUUGUGCAACACAGAGUCAGACAUUGAAUGUUAUUUUAGAGUUUUUAAUAUCAUUUUUAGUGUUCUUCGUUGAUAUUUAAGCAUCAUGAGUUACCAGUUGACUUCGGGAGCAUUACAGACUAUAAUCAAUGGAGAGAAUAUAGAGAAUCCAAUUCUUCAAAUUUUGAGUUCAAAAAAGAUCCCAAGUUCUGCUGGCGCUGAACGAUAUCGUCUUUUAUUGUCUGAUGGUCAGCUGAGUUACUCCAGUGUUAUGCUGGCAACUCAACUGAACUCCAUGAUGGAAGAUGGCUCCCUGGACAACAUGUCGGUUAUCAAAGUGAACAAGUACUUAUGUAACAUCAUUCAAAAUGACAAGAAAGUUAUCAUUGUGCUUGAUCUAUCAGUGAUUGCAAAAGCUUCUGAAGUUGGACAGAAGAUCGGUAAUCCCAAAUCGUACAGAGCUGGUGAAGCUGCACCUGCUGCUACUGAGAACAACACAAAUUGUGUUCCUGCAGCUUCCAAACCACCGUCCGUUUCCACAUCAAACAGGACACCUUUGGGUAGUGGCCCUGUCGUUAAUAAUAAACCACCUGGUCUUCCUACAACUCCAGUAGGAGGCGGCAGAAUUCAUGCCAUUGCAGGACUCUCGCUCUACCAAAAUAGGUUAUUCCGUUUUUCUUUGUUAUUUCAGGCUUAUUACGUGAGUAGAGCCACUCUAAAGAUGGCAAACAAGAAAUUUAGUUCUGUGAAGAAUGACUUUGAGAUGACUUUCAACUCUGACACAGUCAUUGAGUUGUGCACUGAGAACACAAAUUUGCCCACCAUCACAUAUGAUUUUAGACCAUUAAAAGACCUGGACCAAAUUGAACCUAACACUAUUAUUGAUGUAAUCGGUGUCGUCACCGAUGUUGCAGAUAUCACCACAGUGGUUGGACGGCAAUCUAAUAAGGAAUUCUCAAAGCGUGACCUGCAACUUGCUGACCAGUCAGGCAUGUCCGUCCGAUUUACCAUUUGGGGAGGCGAUGCUGAGAACUUCCAAGAUAACAAAAACCCUGUGGUUGCAGUCAAAGGAGCUAAAGUUUCAGAAUGGGGAGGUCGGACCUUGUCUUUAUUAUCAAGCGGACAAAUGAUUCUAAACCCCGACAUAAGGGAAGCUCAUUUCCUUCGAGGCUGGUAUGAUCGAGAUGGUUGUAAUAUGGAAUUUAACACUUUUCAGGGUGAUUCAGCUGGUGUUAGAGGAGGUAAUGAGUGGAAGACAUUGGAACAAGUUAAAACUGAAAAGUUAGGGGCCUCAAAACCUGAUUACUUCACCUCAAAGGCAACUGUGAUUUUCAUAAAGAAAGGAAGCUGCAUGUAUAUGGCUUGUCCCAAUGAAAACUGUAACAAGAAACUCAUAGACCAGGGAGAUAACCAAUACCGAUGUGAGAAGUGUAACCAAGAGUUCCCUAACUUUAAAUGGCGAUUGAUUUUGUCGACCAGCAUUGCUGAUCAUACAGGCAGCCAAUGGAUUACGUGUUUCCAAGAGUGUGCAGAAUCCAUUCUUGGAGUCUCAUCUGAUGCGCUGGGCAAUUUAAAGGAUAUGGAUGAAUUUGCGUUUGAUCAAGUAUUCCAAGAAGCCAGUUUCAAAUCCUAUAUUUUCAAUUUGAGAGCAAAAUUCGAAACCUACAAUGAUGAAAGCCGUUUGAAGACGAUAUGUGUCAGUGCCACCCCAGUUGACUGGAAGACAUAUGGGCAACGCCUGAUCAAAGAAAUUAAUAAUUUUGGAACCGGAGAAUAAAUACUUGAAGCAUUUGCAUGAUUCGAUUAUUAGACCCUCUGCUAAAAGCCUGGAUCACUAUCAGUUUUCCUUGGAGUCAAAGAAAAAAGAUUUUAUUUUCUAUUAAACCAUCAUCCAAUGCCAACCAGGUUUCAAAAGCAUCAAGUCUCUCGACAAGAAACAAAUUUCUUCCACACCAAUGUUUGGUGCUAGUUUCAUCUCUCAACUGUUUGUCUCUGGCAGUUUUUCAUUUUCCAGAAAAUCUUGUAUUAACCAAGUGAAAUUUCAUUGUAGAAGACAGUCAACCAUGCAGAAACAAAGUAGUUUAAAUUACAAACAUUGAACAAGUCAUUCACUUUGUUGGUCAUUUCCGUUUGUGUCCGAGACCAUUCAGACAUAUGAAAAUUCUUUCAACCAAAUCUGUCCACACAAUGUAAAUACUGGACAUAUUGAUUCGGAGAAUGAAUUUGAGUUUCCGGAGGUUUUUUUUUCUUCUUUUCAUCCCCAAAACAAUGGACACUUAUUUCUGUCUCUAGCAGAGAAUUAAUUAAUUAAUACAAAUAUUAAAAGGCAGAAGAUCAGAAUUGAAUAAAUAUUAGGGAAAAAAA